AACAAAAAAAAACACAUUAGAAAAUUUGGGGAAAAUUGUUGUGGCUGAGAUUUGCUUAUGCCUUUCUUCUUCUUCUGUAGCCUUAAACAGUCUUCCUUCUUCUCCAUAUCCAUCUCUGUUGAGAAAACAGUGUGUGUGUUUUAUUCUCAGAGAAGGAUGACAUGUCCGGCGAGUUGCCGUGAGAUGAUCUAGUUUUUUCUAUUUUUGGAUUGCAUACUUUGUUCCUUCAUAAUAGGUUUUGGCUGCAAUGGAUUCCCUCGUUUGGGUACUUUAAGAGAGAGGAUUUAAAAGCAGCUACAAGGAUCCGGUUAUGGAUACAAAUACUUCUGGUGAUGAAUUAUUAACUAAGGCAAGAAAGCCAUAUACUAUUACAAAGCAGCGGGAAAGAUGGACAGAGGACGAGCAUGAUAGGUUUCUUGAAGCCUUGAGGCUUUAUGGAAGAGCUUGGCAACGCAUACAAGAACAUAUUGGGACAAAGACUGCUGUUCAGAUCAGAAGCCAUGCACAAAAGUUCUUCACAAAGUUGGAGAAAGAGACAGAAGCUAAAGGCAUUCAAGCUGUGGACAUGGAAAUUCCACCUCCUCGUCCUAAAAGAAAACCCAAUGCUCCUUAUCCUCGGAAACCUGGCCCAUCAGCAAAACUUGUAUCUUCUUCACAUUGUAACCAGGGGUUCUUGGAUGUGCCAAGUUCUCAGAAAACAUCAACUGGGAAAGAAAAUCAAGAUGAGAACUGUUCAGGGGUGACCAAGUAUCCCUUACCAGAUAAUGUAACUCCAACGCUAAAAAAGGCAAAUGCCGAUAAUGAAACAAGCAAGGCCUCAAAUGUGGACAACAACAUGGUUCAAGAGAAGAACAAGGACAGAGAUGAUGAUGAUGAUGGUGAUGAUGGUAUGCACAGCGCAAGGGAGCAUUUUCCGGUGGACUUUGUAAACGGAAAUGUGGCAAAAUACCCUCAGUUCCAUCCCCCAGGUAUGGUAUCUCCAGACUUAAUGUUUUGUCCUAUGGGAGACCUAGUUCAUGUGAAUCAUCCAGUUACAAGAGCAUCAUCAUCAUCUGCUACUACUAGUACAACUUCUCAACAAGCCUUUCCAGCAUGCCCUUCCCAAGAUGAUUACCGUUCGUUUCUCCACAUGUCUUCUACUUUCUCCAAUCUUAUCAUGUCAACUCUCCUACAGAACCCUGCAGCUCAUGCUGCAGCCACACUCGCUGCUUCGGUCUGGCCCUAUACUAAUAAUGUCGGAGGUUCAGCAACGCAAAUGAGCUCUUCUCCUCCAAGUAUAGCAGCCAUUGUUGCUGCUACCGUAGCUGCUGCAACUGCUUGGUGGGCUUCUCAUGGACUUGUUCCUCCUACUCCACUCCACUUACCAGUUCCAACUCCAAAUGAUCAACUAAUUGAGAAACAAAGCACAUGCUUUCAAGAUCAAAACAUGGCUUCAUCAUCCGACGAUUCAGAGGAGACUGGAAUUACCAAGCUAAAGGCUGACGGUGAGAAGGAAGAAGCUGUUGCUGUUGUGCAAGAUUCUCAGAAGAAAAAUCCAGUGGACCGCUCAUCGUGUGGGUCAAACACACCUUCGGGGAGUGACGCGGAAACAGACGCAUUGGAGAAAGAAAAAGAGGCAGGUGUUACUACUGAGUUAAGCAAUCGUCGGAGUAAAAUCAACUACAACAACAACCAAACUACUGAUUCAUGGAAGGAAGUCUCUCAAGGGGGUCGUAUAGCGUUCCAGGCUCUCUUUGCAAGUGAGAGACUGCCACAAAGCUUUUCACCUCCUCAAGUGGCAGAGAAUGUGAAUGGAAAACAAAGCAAUACGACGUCAAUAAUAAUGCCAUUGGCUCCUCUUCCUCCUCCUAACUUGAACAAGAUUCAAGAUUCUUGUAAUGCAGACCAAGAGAGUGCAGUGGAUGAACCACCGGGCAGCAAGAGUCUUAAGCUGAGAGAAAUAGGGUUUAAGCCAUACAAGAGAUGUUCAAUGGAAGCAGCCAAAGAGAGCCAAGUUGGAAACGCAAACAAUCAUCAAAGUGAUGAAAAGGUCUGCUGCAAGAGGCUUCGUCUGGAAGGAGAAGCUUCAACAUAACCAGCAAACUUUUGAGGUGCCCAAACGUAUACGGAUGAUAUCUUGGCUGCCACGUACAUGCACAACAUUUUUAUAUUACAAGCUCGCUCCAGUUCAGGGCCAGGGGGUGGGGGAUAAGACCCAUUUGUGAAGCUGAUUUCUUUUUUUUUUUGCUUUAGUUAAACUUGUAGCUGAUUGUACGUACACUGGUUGAAAUGCGAUAUAUGUUGUUAUAUCAACAAGAAAAGAAAGUCAACACGACACUAGUAGCAUUACUACUAAAAGCAGUGGACUUUGUGAUUAAUUAUGGUGGUCGUUUCCAUUAACUAAUUUAAGUUGAGAAUGUAAAGUUG